GAGUGAGAGAGAGUUUCUGGAGAAAAGAAAGAUUUGUUUUUGGUUUUUUACUUUACUUACUUUACUUUUUUUUCAUGAAAUUAAACAUCAUAUGAUGAAAAUGGCCAGUACGAGAUGAGGGGCUAAUGUCUAUCUCUUUCAGACAUUAUUUGCCUUUUUUACUUUCAGUGAAUUUAAUUUGUGUUUGUAUCCACCAUGACCGGAAUUAAUCAAUUGCCUGAUGAGAUACUUGAAAUUGUGUUCAAUAAAAUUAUUUGGGUUGAGGAUCUAAUAAACGUUUCUGUUGUUUGUCAACGUUGGUCGUUUCUGGUUCGCCGCCGAUUAUCACAGAUUCGGGUUCUUCUUUGUGAGACAGUCAAUGAUGGAGAGGAUGAUGACCUUGAACCAGUGCCAGAUCCUGUUGUGACCACGGAUACUCUCUUCUAUCAGGAACUAAUCGAAGAUAAUUCCAGAAUAGCUGAAUAUUUAGAUUUCCUACCAAACCUUAAAGUUAUCGAGAUUAAUGGUAAUGCAGAACCAAUUCAACCUUAUAUUGGUAGUCUUUUAAAUUGCCGAACAAAUAUUAUUGGCCUUCAGUACAAUCAUCCUUUCUGGUUAUCAGUACCUCAUGGACUUAAACACAUUCAAAUGUUUUCAUCGUAUUCUAUCGGAACUGAGGUAGAAGAAUGUUUUUCUGAAGUUUGUGAACAGCUUUUUGUUAAAUUUGCUCGUGAUUCUUUAUGGAAGAUUUUGUCUGAUUUUAGAUCUCUUAAGAGACUCCAUGUGGGUGAAUUUAGAGGAGAACCUCUAUCAGGGUAUAAUGGCCCAUGUUCUCAUUCAAUUGAAAUAUUGGAGUUAAAUAUUUGCCAUUAUCGUCCUGAUGUACCUACUUGCUCACUUCAUGACCCACCAUAUGGAUUUGGAGCUUUAGUUGAUCUGUGUCCUAGAUUGAAGAGUUUGUUUAUUCGCUUUCAAUCUAUUUUUUCUUAUCAACAUGUCCCUAAUCGACCAAAUAAUUUACUUCAAAAUCUAGUUUUGGAAUACAUGCCAAACAGUUUACAUAAUUGGAGUACGCUGAGGUGUAUUAUUUUUAAUUUUCCAAAUCUGAAGAAUCUAGCAAUUCGUGGUAAUUUAGAGCUUUUGGACAGUCAUGUGCAUGAUAUUUUAUCUAAUUGCGUUAGAUUGGAAUUACUAGAUGUUCGAGGUUGUCCAAAAAUAACAAAUAGAGUCGAAGAUAGUAAACGCUAUUUCUCAAAAUAUACUAAUCGUCAAAUCAGAAUAUUUAGAGGUGAAUUUCCAGUCUCAUGUGCUCCAUCAAAUCAUCGUCAAGUUGCAGAUGGUCUCGACUUCAUGCGAAAUAUUUUUUAUCAAUCUUUCAAAACUAUUCCUGUAUUUAUGCUCCCAGAAUGUAAAAAACGCUGAUAAUCUUAUUUUGUUGCCACUGAACAAACUUUUUUGUCUAUGUGUUCAUUCUUAGUCCACUGAUAAUGUUUCUUAUAUGCCACACAAAGAUUUAAAGCUCAAAGAAAUAUCUUUUUUGCUCAUCCUCAUUUUCAAAUUCACCAGAAGGUUUAAUCUCUUGAUAUUCCCAUGGAUCAACAACUAAUGAACAAAUGAAGCUGCUUGAUGUAAUUAACUGCAAACCUCGUUAUCAAAAUUAUUGGUAUAUUACAAUCUAGCGGAUAUUAGAAAUUUUAGAGCUUCAAUAAGAUCUAGUAUCCAUUCACAUGCUGGAAAAUAAGCUUAAUCAUGACCGCUUAUUUUUAUUUUUUUAACAUUGUAAAAUUUUGCAUAGCAACUAGUUAAUAGUUGCAAAUCAAAUCAUAUUUUCAUUCAAAUUGUUAAUGUACAGUCUAAAUAAUAUGUAGAUAUUAUCAAAACUAUAGCGCGCUUCAUUAAAUGUGAAGUUUUAAAAUUAAAGUUGUAAUAUUUUUU